UCGCUAUUAUGACACCCAUGAUAACUGAUGAUAGACAUGAUUUUCCUUUCUUUUAAACCUCUUUUGGAGGAUGCCACCUUGUUUGUUUCACAAUCUCCAUCAAACAUUUCUGGUUGAGUUUAAUUUGCUUGCUUGAUCUUAUUUCAAUGCCUGGGUGGAAUUUUAACAUCAACACUGCACCCACUUCAACGCUUCCCCUUUCAUCCUUCCGUCGCCGGAAAUGUUUACCAAUUUAUUUUAUUUUAUUUUCUGGCUCAAUAAAAAGCGACUGAGCAUUGUGAUUUGUGCACAUGUAAAGGGAGCAAACCAUUAGUUACGUCAAUUUUUCUUCUAGGAAUAUCAUCGAGCAUGUCGUGCUCAAAACUUGCCCUGAUGUGGACUUCUUCGGCCAAUCCGCCCCACCUCGAUCGCUUCUCCUCUAUUGCCUUCUUCUCAACCUUGCGCCUCCCAUCUGCCGGCGCCUCGACGCGGCGAUUUCGUUCCGCCACCGCUAUAAGUUGCGGCUUACGCGAGCUGAGGAAUCGCAUCGACUCCGUCAAGAACACCCAAAAGAUCACGGAGGCCAUGAAGCUGGUGGCUGCCGCCAAGGUCCGCCGUGCCCAGGAAGCCGUCGUCAAUAGCCGCCCCUUCUCCGAGACCCUCGUCGAGGUGCUCUACAGCAUCAACGAACGGCUGCAGACGGAGGACGUGGACGUGCCCCUCACCCGAGUCCGCCCCGUCCGGAAGGUCGGCCUCCUGGUGGUCACCAGCGAUCGUGGCCUUUGCGGCGGCUUCAACAACGGCAUCAUCAAAAAGGCGGAACAGCGCAUCGCCGAGCUGUCCGCCCUUGGCAUAGCUUACACAGUUAUCAGCGUGGGGAAGAAGGGCAGCACCUACUUCCAACGCCGCCCUUACAUUCCCGUCGACCGCUUCCUCGAGGCGGGCAACCUGCCUACCACUAAGAAGGCGCAGGCCAUUGCUGAUGAGGUAUUCUCCCUCUUCGUCAGCGAGGAGGUCGACAAGGUAGAGCUUCUCUACACAAGAUUCGUUUCCCUCGUCAAGUCUGACCCCGUCAUCCAAACUCUCCUCCCGCUCUCCCCAAAAGGCGAGAUCUGCGAUGCCAACGGGGUCUGCGUUGACGCCGCGGAGGACGAGCUCUUCCGCCUCACCACCAAGGAAGGGAAGCUCACGGUGGAGUGGGAGACAGUGCGGAUCCCAACGCCUUCCUUCUCUCCAAUCAUGGAGUUCGAGCAGGACCCGGUGCAGAUCUUGGACGCCCUGCUGCCUCUGUAUCUCAACAGCCAGAUACUGAGGGCCCUGCAGGAGUCACUGGCGAGUGAGGUUUCGGCGAGAAUGGCUGCCAUGAGCAACGCCACUGACAACGCCGUGGAACUGAAAAGGACGCUAGCCAUCUCCUACAACCGGGAGCGACAGGCGAAGAUCACCGGGGAGAUAUUGGAGAUCAUUGCCGGUGCGGAUGCCCUUUCCUGAUCUGUUUGUUCCAUGGAUCAAGACACCAUUUCUCUCUUGUCCUGUCUGGCCUUGCAUCUUCUUAUGCUGUGAAAGCAAAAGCAGGGGAACCAGGAAUGACGAUUUUUCGGUGUUCGACAGAGGCUGAGCAAGCAGGAAAUUAUUAAUAGGAAUGAGGGAAUGAAUUCAUUCCUAAAUUUUAUGUUUGGUUGAUGGGAAUGAAAUCAUGAUUUUGAAAUAA